UGUGUUACGUUGUAUAGCCGGUCUAUUACACACUCAGGAGUUUUAAAUACACGUUGACGGGCCCUUUCAUGGCCGCUUGACAUUGUAUGCUUGUUUAGCGGAGAUUAUCGCUAGGCUAAAACCUCAACAAUUUUUCUUAAUCAUGCCCAUUGAAGCGCGAUCCCAUACACAGAGUCCUGUUGGGGGCAUUUGUGGUGCGGUGACGGAACUGUGUCAUAUUGUGGAAAAACGUGAGCCCAGUACAAAUAUGGACAACUCCGAGACCGGGUCCGAAUCAUCCCCAACGAAAUCCACAUGUAACAAAGCGGCCUACCAACGCCGUCCUAAACCGCCCUUCAGCUACAUCGCCCUCAUCGCCAUGGCCAUCCGUGAUUCACAAACCGGCAAACUGACCCUCGCGGAGAUUAACGACUAUCUCAUGAAGAAAUUUCCCUUCUUCCGUGGAGAAUAUACCGGUUGGCGGAAUUCCGUCCGGCAUAAUUUGUCGCUGAACGAGUGCUUCCAAAAAGUGCUGCGCGAUCCCAAUCGGCCGUGGGGCAAAGACAACUACUGGAUGCUUAAUGAGUCCAGUGACUACACAUUCGCCGAUGGAGUAUUCCGCCGCCGGAGAAAGCGGCUGCAUAGGAAAUGCGGGAGUAAGAGUUCUGCUGCGAAGAUUAACGUGGAGACCGGUGGAAUGUACCGGAGCAAUGAAGAGUGCAAAACAGGCAACGUCCGUGCGCGUCAGAGCUCCUUCCUAAUCGAUGAUCUCCUGGACGAUACCCCCGUGAAACCGCAUUCAGAGGACGCCCCACGCCGUCACCGGCCGCCUAAGCGUCACGACACUCCGCGCACCGCCUCCCGCGCCUCACCCGAGGGCAAAGUCCCGCCUUCUAACCGGCCGCUCGGUACCUUACCACCCUCGGCGUUUUUUCCACCCUUCCCUCUGUGGUCCACCGCUCCCGUGGCGGCGUACCUUCCGCGCGGGGCCUUCCCGCCCAGCGCGUCCUUCUUCCCCGUGCCGUGCAGCCCGUAUGUGCUGUUCCCGCCGUCGGCCGCCGCUGCUGCCGCCGCGCAAAUAUUAUCCAACGUCCAUUCCGCCGACAUGAGCCAACAUUUGGCCAUCGCUCAUCAGAUGCCGGGUUACGGGAUGUCUUCCCCGGCAGCAGCCGCCGCCGCAGCGGGAUUGCAUCAUGGUUAUAAUCUGUUGGGGAAGUAAAUCCUCCUUUUGCGGGGACGGGAUGUAUCUCUGACAAGGGAAACCGGAGAGUGUGCACAUAUGUCGUUGGUUGAUUGUGUGUGUGUGUUUGUGUAUUGUUGCCGUUAGGCUGCUUGCCGCGUCAUCCAUCAGUGUCGCAUUAUUGGCCCAUUACUGGCCGAUUGUCAAACAUUUGUGUGGAUGUAGCGGGGAAAACAUUCACUGUCAUUAAUUUUCCUUUUCCACUUUGUGUAAACUGAAACUGUA